GCCUCGACGGACCAUGAUGCACCUGCGGAUGGAAAUAUCACCAGCGCCUCUGGGCUCGAGGGUACACCCUCGCAGGCACUGGAAGCCAUCGAAUCCAGCAUAAACAGACUCAACCGCCUUGGUGUUGCCAUCAGGAAACACUCUGUCUCCAGUCUCGAUGAUCGGAUCAACACUUUCACACAGAAAUACGGGGACGAGGAUUAUACUCAACUGGCAAGAUUGAUUAUUCAGUUCAAGUACAAGACUGCUUCCGUGUCCCUGCAAGAGCAUCUGGCUCUUAGCAUGGCAUCCCGGCGGCAAAAGCUCAGGUACCUCCACAGACACCAGUCCAAGCUCGCUGGCCAGAUCAACACCAAACAUAGUGAAAGAACAGGGGAGGGGAAGGUCCAGGCACUGGCAUCCUCGGUCACGGAGAGUGAUGCCGCCAGAGGAGAGAAGCGAAGAUCUCCCUCGAUUCUCCUAAGAGCGGCAAUGACCUUCAAGAGGCAACAUCUUGACCAUUCCCCAAUGUUGGGUGAGCACUCCGAGACCAACGCCUCAAAGUUCGCUCCAUCACCGUCUGUUAUUGCCAAACUGAAACAAGGCGAAAACGACUCCGUCGUGUCCUCGUCGAAGGAGAGCCGCACCUUCAUGGCUGAUGCACUUGAAGACUACCCGGAACCGCCAGAGUGUGGACCUCACCAACCGGAGCCCCCCUGCCCGUUUUGCUGCCGACCACUGGAAAAGCACGAGAGAAUGGGAUUGGCGUGGGUGUAUGUUUUCUCCUUAUGUUCAUUCUAGUGGCACAGAAGUUGAAAUAUCUUGCAGACGCCAUGUCAACAAAGACCUUUGCCCUUUCAUUUGCCUUUCUGACAACUGCGCACAAGGGCCUCUCAACUUCCAAGAGUUCAACACCUGGGCCAAACAUAUGAGAGAUAUCCAUACAACAAAGUGGCCACAGAAAAUCCACAAGCCGUUCAUCUGGGCCUGCGAUAUUGAUCACGAGGUAGAAGAAUUCUCCGAAAAGGGCCAAUUCCAACAACACCUUGCCUCCGAACACUCGGAUUGCACCGACGAGGAAAAGCAUGCCAUAGCGGAGUCUUGUCAGAUACCUCGCAAGAGGGGCAGAAAUAUUUGCCCCAUCUGUGGGUAUGACCUCACAGGCACCGGAAAUCAAGAACUGUCAUCCUCAAUUCAGAAGUGGGCGAGGGGAUCGGCAGUUGAUGAAUUGACUCGGCUCGAACUGAUGGAGAAACAUGUAGCAGGGCACCUCAGACGAUUGGCAAUCGACAGCUCUAAUAAUCUAGGAGACUACAUGGGUCCCGCAUCCGAGGCAAGCUUGAUCACAUCCGAGCCAGACCUGGCCGAUAGAGACUCCAAGAUCUGUUGCCCAAGCGGUGCUGAUCUGCUGGACAGUAUCCCACUGGAGUUUUCAGAUGUUGAGGAUGGCUCAGGGAAUUCUUCUCAGCAAAUUUUGGAUGGUUUUGAUCCUCAAUGGCUAUCUUCAGAUAUCAAGAUUCUGUUGAUGCUGCCGAAAGAUCUCUCGCCCUUAGCUGCGCAAGGAUGGUCCCGGAUACGACAGGAAAUUUUGAAGACGACUGAUGCAGCUUUGGGCGCACCCACUUCAGACCCAAUACUAGAGCACUUCCGAUCUCAACAAAGGGAACACAGGUUUGAAGAUGUCGCCCCACGUGUCGUGGCCAUCCCGCCUGCGAGUCGAGACGAUUUCCAGAUUGCCAUCGUCUGCGAUCUGCUGGUCGAGUACAAUGCCAUCUCCCACCUCGUUGAUGGGGUCUGGGACGAGAACUACGGCGGGUCACCUGGCGACCCCAAUAAGUACACUGCCGGACGAAUUGGGCCAUUGAAUAUUAUCAUCGUAUUGUUGUCCGGCUUAAGGAAAGUCAGGACUGCGAGCGAAACCGCCUGGAUUCGGUUUAGUUUCCCGAACCUGGAGCUUCUUCUUCUGACGGGAAUCUGUGGAGGCGUUCCCAAGACGGGGACCGGCAAUGAACUCGUUCUUGGGGAUGUCGUUAUCAGCAACACCAUCGUUCGCUACGAGAGGCUAUAUCCCCCAACAUUCGAAACCAUGAACACGCUCGGCGAUAGGCUCGGAAGGUCGCCGUUACACAUCCAAAAUCUCUUUACAGCGUUGAAGGCAAGCCACAGUAUCCAGCUGCUCGAGCAACAGGCAGCCUCCCACUUGGAGAAGCUUCAGAGUUGGCAGUCAGACGUGGAUGAAGCAGCAAACUACUGGUAUCCUGGAGCCGACAACGAUCAGCUGUAUCCGGCCUCCUAUCUCCAUAGGCAUCGCUCUACGGGACUCUGCGGAGUAUGCAAUGAUGACUCUCCUGUGGUAUGCGAUGCGAGCAGCAAACUCUCAUGCCAUGAGCUCGGAUGUGACGUACAACAGCGCGUCCCCAGAAAGCGGCUCCAAGACAGUGAUACGCUUCGAGUGCCUCGAGUUUUCGUCGGCCGUCUCGGAUUAGGAGGCAUAAUACCCACGUCAGGAGAAGAUCGCGAUGCAAUCGCCCAAGAGCAUGACCUAAUCGCAUUCGCGAUAAAAUACACCAGCGCCUCGGUUGGCAUCCCUUGUAUCAUCGUCAAAGGCAUCUGUGACUACGCCGACAACCACAAUAGCAAAAGCUGGCUGCAGUUUGCAGCUGUCACAGCUGCGUCAGUCGCCAAGGCGCUUGUCGAGAAGUACCUGCGAACCGACGAGCCUUCCAGUUCGAGACAAAAAGAUGACCUGGAAGAUGACCCAUCCGACAAUGAGUCAACCUCCUAUAGCCCUACUUCAGGUAGAAACAUGGGAUCAGUCUCAGAUACCGAUCAGAGGACCCCCGCUCGGGCCGCAUACCGCGUUAUCCCCUCCAAUCAAAACGAGAGCUUUAUCCCCCGUUCUGAUAUAAACACCAAACUCGACCAACUGCUGCCAUCCGACUCGAGUGAAUUUCACAGCGCAGCGCUCUGGGGCCUUGAGGGGUCAGGUGACCCCGAUUGCUCAGUCUUUUGGGUCCAAGCAGAUACGAAUGAGACCUUCACGCAAGACUACGAAAAUAUUGCUCGUACGCUGGGUCUGGAAAGCAGUUUGAAAGGAAAGGAACUUCUGGAUGCAGUACGCCAUGGCAUAGGGUCGCAGGAACGAUGGGUCCUUGUCCUGGAUAACGCCAAUGACCUGACUCUUUUUGGUGCAGGCUCGACGCCUGGCAGACAACAGCACACUCUAUUGAACUUCAUUCCGAAGGGACCGAGCGGCACGGUACUAUGGACAAGCUGUGACCAGCGAGUUAUAAAACUUGUUGGCUGGCAGCGAGGGAUCCGAGUCGGCAAGAUGACAAUCGAGGAGUCAACGGGAGUGUAUAUGUACAAUGCAGAGACAUCUGUAUCCGAGUACUUGUCCCAGGUGAAGCAAGAAAGUAGCCGAUGGCAGGUUCUUGGAGAGGAUGAGUUUGACAGGCACAGAUGGAGUGACGCCCACAAGAGCAUGCUGAGGACUUGGAGCAUCUCCAUUCGCCGACUGAAACAAGAGAGCCAGACUGCGUAUAGGAUUCUCCACAUCCUAGCAUUUGUUGACAAUCAGAGCAUCCCGAUGGAGUUGCUCGCAGCGGCCGCCAGCUACCACAAGAAAACUCAGAUAGGGGAGGGAGAGAGAGAACAGAAACUCAAGAGGGCAGUACGCCUACUCAAAGACUUCUCGUUCAUGACAGAGCUCCAGAGCGGAGACGACGAGCGAACGUUUGAGAUGCACCGACUGGUGGCGCAUGCAGCUCGGUACGACCUCAGGAAGGGAAAGUCCCCAGGCCAACUUGAUGUACACUUUGCCCAAGUUGCGCUACGCGUCGUGGAUGGUGCCUAUCCUCAUGUUACACAACACAAUCACGAGAGAGAAAGUGACAGUCAGAGAUACCUGGCACAUGCACUGCGAGUAUGCGAAUGGGCCGAGAUUCAUGGAAUGGAAAAAGAGGCGUACAAUCUUCAGGUUCGGGCUUGCCAAUUUCUCUACUGGCGUGGGCGAUGGGAGGAGGUACGGCUUGCGAUGGAAACCCAGGUGCGUCUGGCGCAAAAGGGAUUUGGCGAGAGGCAUCAGACCUCGAUUCAGGCGCUGUUGAAUCUUGGAUGGACAUUCAUCAAUCUGGAGCAACUCCAAGCGGCCGAACAAUGCGCCCGAAAUACAAUUACGCUGGCGUCAGAGGCGCUGGGUGACAAGGAUCAGCACACGCUUGAUUGCAAACGUCUCCUCGCGGUAGUUCACAGACAACAGGGCCGCUGGAAGGAUGCGAAAGAGUUGUUCAUGAACAUAUUGGACGACGCACGACAAUUCUUGGACACGGAUCAUGACCUAACCCUCAACUGCAUGCACGAAUUGGCCCGCACUUACCUGAAGCUAAAGGAGUAUGAUGAGGCCGAUGACCUCCUUCGUCGGCUACUGAAGCUGCGUCAAGACAAAGAUGGCCAGAAUCACCCCAAGACGUUGAAAGUCCUUAGCCUUCUAGGUGAUCUGCAUUACGGACACGGGCGGUACGAUGAGGCGGUCAAAGUACUGUCUGCCCUGUUGGACCUGGAGCGUCAGUCACUUGGCGACGAGCAUUCAACUACCUUAAUCACGAUGUAUAACCUGGCCAAUUCACUGAGGUGUCGAGGGCAGAAUAAGGAGGCUCUUGAGCUGAUGCAGGAGUGCUCGCGCUUGCGCCGUGCAAUCUUGGGAGCAGAACACCCACACACAAAAUAUGCGGAUGAGGCGGUUAAGGAUUGGGAACGCGAGGACAUGGAGGCGGAUGAGGGCCAUGAAGACGAGGGCAUGGAAGUAGAUGAGGAUAGUGUACCUAAGGACGUGGUAGAUGAGGUCCCUAAACGCGAGGACAUGGACGUCGAGCCGUAG